GUACAUAGUUCGAAUUUUUCUUAUCACCCUUUCAGUCGUCCACUUUCCAUGAUCAGUGGAUCGACGAGGUGUACAAAUCCCAAUUGAGCGUUGUUCGCUACACCCUUGUCUUCGAUGUUACUAUUCUUGUCCUCACAACGUGUCCAUCGGAUUCCUAUUCGCACGGAGGGUCCCGUCUGCAUUUUACAGGGGUGGCUUCCUGUGAUUCUUUCUUUUCGCCUGUCCCCCUUUCUCUUCGCCCUUCCCACUAUACAUAGCUUGUUUAUACCUUUCUUUCUUCCUUUCCUUUCAUUUCUUCCUUAUUCACCUCCGCGCUGCUGAGCGGCGGAUUUGACUUUCGGUCGGCAUCAUUGCUCUGUUAGCCCG